AUGUCUGUAAUAUUGAGAUUCCACAAAGGAGUUACGUUAGCUGAUCCAGACUUUCACAAACCGGGUAAAAUUCAGUUACUUUUAGGAUCUGAAAUAUUUUUCGAUUUGAUAAGAUCCGGGCAAAUUUAUGUACCAAAUACAAAUUUAGUGUUACAAAACUCAGCAUUUGGGUAUUUGGUAAGCGGUAGCAUUGAAGAUUUACCACAUGAGAAACAAUUAAUGCAUUGUGGGUUAAUUUAUGACAAUGUCGAAGCACAGUUGAAGAAGUUUUUUGAUUUGGAAUCAAUUGGUAUCAGAGAUGAUCCCAAUUCUUACGAUGAAGAUAAAGCAUUAGAGAUAUUCAACAAAACUGUUAGUUUCAAAGAUGGUCGUUAUAUUGUUAGUCUGCCUUGGAAGAAACGUUGGGAACAUUUAGGCGACAAUUUUGGUGUCGCAGAAAAAAGAAUAAAAAUCCUGAUGAGAAAAAUGCAGCAUGAUAAUACAUUAUACCUGAAAUAUAGAGAAACUUUAGAAGAGUACCUAAAUCAAGGGAUAAUAGAAAGAGUAUUAGAUUCUACGAAACCAGUAAACAAGCCAGUUUUUUAUAUGCCGCAUCAGGCAGUUUAUAGAGAAGAAAGCAUUACAUUACAACAAAAAUGCGUAUUGUAUUUGAUGCGAGCUCACAUGAAAUAG